AUGUGGGGUGUCGGAUGCAUUCUGUUCGAAAUGGUUGCUGGUCGUGCGUUAUUCCCUGGUUCAACAACUGACGAACAGCUUGGCCUGAUCUUUCGGACUCUUGGAUCACCAAGAAGCGAUCGCCAUGCGACUAUCUGCGCUCGUCCCGCGUAUGCUCCCUUUGCGCAAAAGGUCUAUCAUCCAGAGCCACUGAUCCGGCAAAUACCACGAAUGGAAGCGCAAGGCUACGAUCUAUUGUUGAAAUUCUUGCAGUAUGAAGGUCGAGACAGAAUAUCAGCUCAGGACGCCAUGCACCACAACUUUCUCAAAGUCCUCCCGCAGAAGGUAAACCUUCACUCCGAAAAGAUUCACUCCUCAGGCACCUUAAGGGCACAGUCCCACGAUGAAAAUUGUUUCUGA